AUGAGUGACGGAGGUCGAUCCAGGGUGUUGGAGUUUUACCGGGACUCCACCGUGCUGAUUACCGGUGCCAGCGGAUUUGUGGGUCAGGUUUUGCUGGAGAAAAUUUUCCGCACUCUUGAGGUACGGAAGGUGUACGUCAUGAUUCGAUCCAAGCGCAACGUGAAUGCGGAAGAAAGGUUGGGCAAACUGCUGCAAGGACAGCUGUUCGAAAGGAUACGCAGUGAUCCGCUGAAAUUUGACGAAAUGAAAUGCAAGGUUGUUCCGGUGGAAAUUAGUCUGCGGGAUCAAGAAGCGUUGGUUGGUGAAACUAUUAGCAAUGAGUUGUUGGAAGAAGUUGAAGUUGUGUUUAAUUUGUUGGCUUCGGUGAAUUUUAAUGAACCCUUGGACUGUGCUCUGAGAACGAACGUGGAAUAUACCGAUCGAUUACUCAAAUUUGUCAGUCAAAUGAAGCGGUUGAAGUCUGUGAUUCAUGUGUCCACAUUCUAUUCAAACUGUGAUAAGAGCCGAAUUGAGGAACGAAUUUACGAUGAUAUUGGAUUCGGUGGCUACGAAAAUGUAAUGAAUAUCGCUUCUAAGCUCAACGAUGCUGAAAAGAAGCUACUGUCUGGAUAUUUAAUUGGAAAAUUUCCGAACACUUACACGUUUAGUAAAAAAUGUGCGGAAGUGUUAAUUUUAGAUCGGUUUUCAACGCUGCCAAUAGGAAUUUUUCGACCCCCAAUAGUGAGUUCUACAUACAGCGAGCCAGUUCCAGGUUGGAUAGAUAAUUUUAACGGACCUUCCGGUAUGGUCGUUCCACUAUCGGAAGGAUUGUACAGUGCAGCUUUGGUGGAUUCUCGAAAGCGACCGUUUAUUGUACCGGUGGAUUACUGUGUAAAUGCUCUACUAACAUGCGCCGUCGAUGUAUUGCUGCAACGUACGCGCGGAGUACAGAUUCCAGUUUACAAUUACACCGAUUCCAGCUGCAAUCUCACUUGGGAAGAAAUUGUCGGACGUUUCUUCCAAGGACUUCCGCGGGGUAAACGAAUACUUGCAACUUAUUUCACCGGCACUAUAACCCGUAAUCCGAUCCACUACGCUAUGUGUAAACAAAUAAUGCGUCUUCAGGGUUAUCUGUUGGAUUUGGUGCGAAAAGUUCGUGGUAGAAAAGCUUGCAUGGGACAAAUCUUCGAAAAGAUGAUCAACCUGAGCGAGGUGUUGCGAUUCUUCUGUGUCAACGAGUGGCACAUGGAGAACGGGAAUGUUCAGCGGAUGAGCGCCGGAGCUACCGCACUGGAGUCACGGCUGCUCCCUUUCGAUUUGGCAGAAGUCAAUUGGGAUGUGUAUUACAGGAACUUCGUUCCUGGAGUGGUAAAAUAUGCACUGGAACCUCGGAAAGCGAGAAGUUUUGAGAAGCAAACGGCAAAUGCGAAUGGUCGAUGCACGACAUGCCAAAAUUAA